AUGAGCAAAGGGUUAAAAGAGGCGCAGCUAGACGCCGGUGGAGCUGAAGUCAUCCGCCAGAGCGCACAGCGAGGAGGAGGAGUAUGGAAAGAGAACACCUCCAAAAAACACACAUCAAGGACGAUUCAAGCUGCGGAUCUGCUGCAUAUUGUUAAUCACCAUUGUGUUCCUUCUCCCUCCGGUUAAACGCAGAUAUUUAGAGGAAGAGAGAGAAGGUGGAAUGAGAAAUAAAUAAAUAAAAAACGCGCAGCCCAGCGCCCCAACUAUGGCUCCAACGACGCUCGUCGGGAAGCUCGCCCAGUCUGCAUCACAGGAGCUGGCUGUAGCGCAGGAUGAGAGGUCUGCUGUGCUCCACCGAGUGUGAGACCAGGAGGAAAUAUCACCUGACAGGCGGCCCUCCCCUCGGGGGACAUAAACAGACACCUUCGCUCCUCUUAACCUGGAAACUGGAGGCUGGAAACGGCCCAGAUCUGCCGUGCGUACAUCGCGCCUCCUUUUUCAGAACUCUCUCCUCUCCUCACUUUCUCCUGGAGAGCCACGAGAAUCUACCGUCUCUCUGACCAACUUGGGGAAACUUUGGCCACCGGAUUACUGCCACUGAACCUGUCAGUGUUGAGUCUCCAUGCAGUGAGCGCAGUGAGCAUCGUGCGCUCGGCUGCGGGGACUGGAAAACACAGCUUCGGUGUGAGAUUAUUAAAAGUCCUGCAAAGUCUCUCAAAGUUCAGGGGCUACCGCAGCGAAGAUGCCGGUCCGGAGGGGCCAUGUGGCUCCGCAGAACACCUUCCUGGACACCAUCAUCAGGAAAUUCGACAGUCAAAGUCGCAAGUUCGUCAUCGCCAAUGCGAGAGUGGAGAACUGCGCCAUCAUCUUCUGCAAUGAUGGCUUCUGCCACAUGUGUGGUUACUCACGUGCUGAGAUCAUGCAGAAGCCAUGCACGUGUAACUUCCUCUAUGGGCCUGACACCAAGCGACUGGCCAUUGCCCAGAUGGCGCAAGCCCUGCUGGGAUCGGAGGAGAGGAAAGUGGAGAUCAACCUUUACCGCAAAGAUGGUCAGUGCUUCCUGUGUAUGGUGGACGUGGUGCCGGUGAAAAACGAAGAUGGCCUGGUGAUCAUGUUCAUCCUGAACUUCGAGGGCUUGACAGAGGAAGCCCUCCUCGUCCACAAACAGCAGCUCAACCACCGCCUGCCCACCUGGCUCGUCACCGGUCGUCCACGAGGCUUUAAGCUGCGUCUCCCCCUGCUGCGCUCCAUGUCCAACAGUAAAGUGUCCCUGAACGACACAGAGGCAGGUCACAUCCCCACUGCCACACCCCUGCCGCUGCACCCAGACCACCACAGUCAUGAGUCCUUAGGCCUGGGGGAGUUCCUGCCUCUUCCCCCUUUAGCGCUAAACCACCAGGAGCAAAUCAGUGGAAGCAGGUCAGCUCUACAGAGUUGGCCAGAAGACCACCAGGAGGACCAGCACACCUUUCUGGGCCCUGACCCUCCUGUACCCGCUCCUUCUCCUCCUCCACCUCCCCACAGAGCCCACCUUGUGGGUCCCCUCACCCAGUCGUCCCCCUGCGUAGCGCCUCACCACCGCCUCAGCCUCAACCCGGACGCCUCAGGCUCCAACUGCUCGCUGUCUCGCUGCCGCUCGCGGGAGAGCUUCCACAGCAUGCGUCGCGCCUCCUCUGUAGACGAGAUCGAGGCCAUGAGGCCCGAAUGGGAGCGAAAGAACCGCAGAGCAAGUAUCCGACCGGGGAGCAGCAGCACUGGUGCAGUGAACAGUAAGUCCAACAUAUUGAACUCCACGUCGGACUCUGACCUGAUGCGGUACCGCACCAUUUCCAAGAUCCCUCAGAUCACCCUCAACUUUGUGGAUUUCAAAGCCGACCCACUCAUCGCCCUGCCCACAGGGGACAUGGACAUCAUAGCUCCCUGCAAACUCAUCGACCGGACGCACCACGUCACAGAGAAAGUCACCCAGGUGCUGUCUCUGGGUGCCGAUGUGUUGCCAGAGUACAAGCUCCAGGCCCCCCGCAUCCACAAGUGGACGGUGUUGCACUACAGCCCGUUCAAGGCGGUGUGGGACUGGCUCAUCCUGCUGCUGGUCAUCUACACCGCCAUCCUGACACCCUACUCAGCUGCAUUCCUCCUCAACGACCAGGAAGAGGUAGCCAAGCAGAAUUGUGGUUACUCCUGCUCGCCUCUCAAUGUGGUGGACCUCAUAGUGGAUAUCAUGUUCAUCAUUGACAUCCUCAUCAACUUCAGGACAACAUAUGUGAAUGCUAAUGAUGAGGUGGUGAGCCACCCGGUGCGUAUCGCCGUCCACUACUUCAAAGGCUGGUUCCUCAUCGACAUGGUGGCUGCUAUUCCCUUUGACCUGCUCAUCUACCGCAGCGGAGAGGAGACCACCACUCUUAUUGGUCUGCUGAAAACUGCUCGUCUCCUGCGAUUGGUGCGUGUAGCCAGGAAGCUGGACCGCUACUCGGAGUACGGCGCAGCUGUCCUCUUCCUCCUCAUGUGCACCUUCGCCCUCAUCGCUCACUGGCUGGCCUGCAUCUGGUAUGCCAUUGGUAGCGUCGAGAGGAAUGGUUCAAUUGGCUGGCUCCACACGCUGGGGGACCAAUUGGGAAAGCACUACAACAGCUCCAUCCUAGGUUCGGGACCCUCCAUCAAAGACAAGUACGUCACAGCUCUGUACUUCACCUUCAGCAGCCUGACCAGUGUGGGAUUUGGAAACGUGUCCCCAAACACCAACUCUGAGAAGAUCUUCUCCAUCUGUGUCAUGCUCAUAGGAUCCCUGAUGUACGCCAGCAUCUUUGGGAAUGUGUCAGCCAUCAUCCAGCGGCUGUACUCGGGGACGGCCCGCUACCACACCCAGAUGCUGAGAGUCAGGGAGUUCAUCCGCUUCCACCAGAUCCCCAACCCACUCAGGCAGAGGCUGGAGGAGUACUUCCAGCACGCCUGGUCCUACACCAACGGCAUCGACAUGAAUGCUGUGCUGAAGGGUUUCCCAGAGUGUCUACAGGCGGAUAUCUGCCUCCAUCUGAACCGGACGUUGCUGCAGAACUGUAAGGCUUUUAAGGGCUCCACCAAGGGCUGCCUCAGGGCGUUGGCCAUGAAGUUCAAGACCACCCACGCACCCCCGGGUGACACGCUGGUCCAUGCUGGGGACGUCCUCACUGCCGUCUACUUCAUUUCCAGGGGAUCCAUAGAGAUACUAAGAGGAGAUGUGGUGGUUGCCAUCUUGGGGAAGAAUGAUAUCUUCGGCGAGCCUAUCAACCUGUAUUCCCGACCAGGUAAAUCCAACGCUGAUGUGAGGGCUCUAACCUACUGCGACCUCCAUAAAAUCUUCAGAGAAGAUGUUCUGGAGGUGCUGGACAUGUAUCCUGAGUUCGCAGACCACUUCUGGAACAACCUGGAAAUCACCUUCAACCUCCGAGAUACCAACAUGAUCCCAGGCUCUCCGAGCAGUGAUGACUCCAACUGUGGGGGAUUCAACAAGUUACGCAGACGCAAGUUAUCAUUCCGAAGACGCACAGAAACAGAUGAUGCAGAUGCUGGUGAAAUUAAAAAGUCCCAUAAGUCCUCGCGACGAAGACACAGGGAAGCAGCCAACAACCAAAAAAAGGAGGAGGCACCUCAGCGGCAAUGGGAGGCACAUCGCAGCUCAGUGUCUUCACACUCCAGUGGUGAUGAGGGGGAGGAGUCAAUUGUGACCAGACUCGCCCCUCCGCCAGCAAUGCUGGAGAAUCCUCAGGCCAUGCCCAGGAACUUCAACAAGAGCACUGAGGGGGACGGAGACCCCAAGACUGGCAACACCUGCAACGCUCUGUCAGGUGCAUUCUCUGGUGUGUCCCACAUCUUCAGUUUCUGGGGGGAGAGUCGGAGUGGUGGUCAGUACCAGGAGGUUCCCAGCUGCAGUCUUACCUCCCCCCCGCCCCUCAACACGCCGCUGCACAGCCUGAGCCGACAUCAACGCAACCAGCUGGACACACGCCUGGACCUGCUGCAGAAACAGCUCAACAGGUUGGAGAGUCGCAUGUCAACAGACAUCGGAGCUAUCAUGCAGCUGCUGCAGAGACAGAUGGCUCUGGUUCCUCCUGCCUACAGCGCCGUCUCCUCACCACCUCAGGUCUCACCCUACCCUGGUCCAUGCCCAGGACCAGGUCCAGGAGAGAGACUGGUCCAGCCUGUCACACUACUGGAGACAGACACCCUGGCCUCACUCUCACAGAUCUUGGAUUCCCAGGACUUUGAGGAGUUCCCAGCCCAGCCUCUUGACUCCCUGCAGCCUCAGGACACCCCACCGAUUAACACCAACCAGGGCCAGCUCACUCCGUCUGGACUGGACAUCCUGGGGCAGCAUCUGGAUCUGGGACUGGUCACUGGGGCUGGAGUCAUUUCUGGGCCAGCUGUAGGUUCAGGUGUAGGGAUAGAUUUUGGGAGCGAGGCAGCAGUGGGGUCAGGUUUAGGAGCAGGGUUAGACUUUGGUUCAGGGGUAUGUAUGGGGGCUGGGGUUGGGCCAGCAACUGGAACAGGUGUGUCUUCCCUGGAUCCUGAAACCCAAAGAAGGCUGUCCCUCCAAGAACCACAGACACCUCUGGACUCACGGACACCACACAGACACAGCUCUGACCCAGGGGGGAGCUAAGGAAGAAGCAAAAGGGGGAGGAGAGUGGGAUGGAGGGAGAGCUACAGAGAGAGAGAAUAAGUGUGCUGUUUUGUCCUGCAGUCCCUCUUCUUUUUACCGUUCCUCAUGGUACCCUUGGAGAUCAAGAGGCACCUACUGUACCCACCACCAAAACCCUUGAGGGCACCCAGCUCCUGGAUCUUCACCGCUGAAUUUUCGCCUCUGAGCUCUUAAGAAAGGACACACAGCUCAGAGAGAGUGAAGCCAGGCCGGUGGGUUAAGGAAAGGGUGGAGGCCUCUCUCUGUCUCUCUCUCCCACAAGUCCCGCCCCCGGAGCGUUCUGAACUCCACAACGUUACAACCUUUAACCAAAACCACAAACAGAGCAGAGAGGAGCUCUGCCACUUAAUGAACACAGUCCAGGUCGACCCCGACUGAUCAGGUCUGGACCUCUCAGUCAUCUGCUGAAAGAUGACACUUCACACACACACACACACACACACACACACACACACACACACACACACACAUACAUACAUAAAUGACUACUGUUCUCUAGAAGAAUCCCUUUACUGCUGUGUCCAGUGUUGGAAGACUGACAACAACAAGACAACAACGGACAGAAUAAUGACGAAACAAGUAGCCAUUUCCGUCUUGCACUGAAACUCCUAUUAAUAUAAUGAUUAUUCUAUUCUAUAUGUCCGUGGCGCUUCCGAUAAACUCACCAACUAGCUGGUAAAUUGUAGUGUUAGCUGGCCUAACAGGAAACCUGCUGUCCCGUUCUGUCAUUGGUUUCAUCCCCUCCCCCCCUCUCCCAAGAACACACUGGAUUGGCUGGUUUGCACCUUGGGGGGUGGGAACUGGAGGGUUAAAAGCCAUGAAUUUUUCUCUAUGAACAUAUCAGCUACCCUAUUAUAAACAUUGUACAGAUUUGCUAGUGAGUAAAGAACACAUGGCAUGCUUGGGCAGUGUCACAAACAGGUAAACUGGCAAACUUACAAGUUUACCACGACAAUAGUGCACCAAAAACAGCCAACUAUAAAGAAUUAAACAAGCAGGGAACCCCAGUAUACUAAUUCCAUGAGUUGUGACCUUAAUGGAGAACUUUGACGAUAUGAUGACACGGUACUGGCUUGCUGUAAUUUCUAAAAAAAAUCAAAGCACAUGCAUAAAGGAAAAAAGGUUGAGUGAUUCCAGAAUUUGCUACCUCAGAUUUCAUUGGUCUUUACUUUUUUUCACCUGAGCAGGCACACAGAAUGCUUUCACCGUGUACGUACGAGUCCGUCAUGUGAUCUGUAAAAAUACAAGUUUGCCAGUUUACAAUGACCAGCCGAAUGCGGCAUUAUUCUACGUCCAGUACAAUAUGCAAACACUGGCCAGAAGAGAUGAGUGAGUGCUUUAAUCUUUAAUUAUAACGUGUAGUAAGUCCAGGUCUAAACCUUUUUACGUGUUUCAUGUUUGUCCUCGUUUGCUGAGCAUGGCGUACAGUACGUUUGCUUCCACAUGUUGUAGAGAAUCACUGGAUUCUAAUGUUUAGGACACAUUUGUUUUCUUUGCCCUAAACUGAUGUUAGUGGCUUGUAACGACAGAUAUCGAGUGUUUGUGUUUUGAAUAUAGACAUCACAAAUAAAAAAAAAAAAACUUUACAAUGUAAGUUUUAAAAUACUUAGGA